AUCAACCUUCACCACUAAUUUGCCCGUUUAUUUUAUAUCGAUUAAUAUCGGCUUCUUGGUGUAUUAACAGAUCAAUUAUCCAGCUUAAGGCAGGGGAUCCUCAGGGGGGAGGUCGUGUUGUUGGAAAGCGCUAGAUCAGCCCACACUGGAGGAGAGCAGCACUACGGAAAGCCCAGAAGUCCCAAGAUACCAGCCAUGCCUGUUGCAUCAUCCAGCUCUGACUCAGCUAUGCACAGCGUCCUGGACACGCUGAGCGACAGCACCACAGCCAAUGAUCUGGACUUAAUCUUCCUGAAGGGCAUCAUGGAGAGUCCUGUGGCCCACGAGCGGUUUGAGGAGCCGAAGCUGGAGGCAGUGCGGGAGAACAACCUGGAACUGGUGCAGGACAUCCUGAAAGAUCUCACACCGCUCACCCAGCAAAGCCAGGCAGCACAUGAACUGGCCCGCAUACUCAGCGAGCCCCACUUUCAGUCCCUGCUGGAAACACACGACUCUGUGGCCUCCAAAAGCUAUGAGACCCCACCACCAAGCCCUUGUGUCUUCAUGGACCCUACCUUCAACAACCAGCCUGUCCCUCCUGAUGCUGUCAGGAUGGUCGGUAUACGCAAAGUGUCCGGCGAACAUCUGGGUGUGACAUUCCGCGUGGAGGGUGGAGAGCUGGUGAUCGCACGCAUCCUGCAUGGCGGCAUGAUUGAUCAGCAGGGCCUCCUGCACGUCGGUGAUGUCAUCAAAGAGGUCAAUGGGAAAGAGGUGGGUAGCGACCCCAAAGUACUGCAGGACAUGCUGAAGGAGGCCAGCGGCAGCGUCGUGCUCAAGAUCCUGCCCAGCUAUCAGGAACCACAUACACCCCGCCAGGCGUUUGUGAAAUGCCACUUUGAUUACGACCCCUCUCAUGAUAACCUAAUCCCCUGCAAGGAGGCUGGCCUUCGGUUCCACAGCGGCGAAAUCCUGCAGAUCUUCAACCAGGACGACCCCAACUGGUGGCAGGCAUGUCACCUGGAGGGCGGCAGCGCAGGUCUGAUUCCCAGCCAGCUGCUGGAGGAGAAGAGAAAAGCGUUCGUGAAGAGAGACCUGGAGCUAAACACAGCAGGACCUCUGUGUGCAGGCAUGGGGGGGAAGAAGAAGAAGAGAAUGAUGUACCUGACCACCAAGAAUGCAGAGUUUGACAGACACGAGCUGCUGAUCUAUGAGGAGGUGGCGAAGGUGCCGCCGUUCCGGAGAAAGACACUGGUGCUGAUCGGCGCUCAGGGAGUCGGACGCCGGAACCUGAAAAACAAACUGCUGAUAUCGCAACCUCAUCGCUACGGCACCACGACGCCCUACACGUCCCGUAAGCCGAAAGUGGACGAGAAGGAGGGACAGAUGUAUCUGUUCAUGUCACGCAGCGAGAUGGAGGCGGACAUUAAGAGCGGCCGCUUCCUGGAGCACGGCGAGUACGAUGGCAACCUGUACGGAACCAAGAUCAACUCCAUCCACGAGGUGAUCGAAUCCGGCAAGGUCUGCAUCCUGGAUGUCAACCCGCAGGCUCUUAAAGUGUUGCGGACGGCUGAGUUCCUUCCCUACGUCGUGUUCAUCGAGGCCCCCGACUUCGAGGUGCUCAAGGACAUGAACAGAUCUGCGAUUGAGGCCGGAGUCGUCACCAAGCAGCUCACUGACUGCGAGCUGAAGAGGACGGUGGAAGAAAGCGAAAGGAUCCAGAGAGCUUAUGGUCACUACUUCGACCUCACCAUAGUCAAUGACAACCUGGAUGGCGCGUAUCGCAGCCUGAAGGUGGCACUAGAGAGACUGAGCACGGAACACCAGUGGGUUCCUGUGAGCUGGGUUUUCUGAGCCAUGCUGCGGUUCAAAUAUAUUUAUAUUAGUGUGUUGGAAAAUGUGAGCAGCUUGUAAACAAAAGCUAGAAAACUAGAAAUAAGCCUGGUAAUGUUUAAUAAUUAUAUAGUACAAAAAAAAAAAAACUUUUUAAAUCUAUUUUUGUCAAAAAUCAGGCACUGGAACUUGAUGAAACUGGCUGUGUAUUUAGUGAUACCUGGUAUGUGCCCUCUAGUGGCCGUACACUAAUAUAACACGCACAUACAGUAACGUUUAAGCAACAUUUAAAGAUGGCCGCUCACGCAUGCUAGGCUUGUGCGUCUAUAACGAUUCUGUCACUUCUGUGUGAUGUUCCGCCGCCACCACGUCCGAGUGCGUUCACUCCGCUAAUAAUCGUACAGGUUCGCCAUUUAACUUGUGAAUGAACUUCUUUUUGAAAUGUUAUUGUAAACUGCAUGAGAUAACCCUGCAUUCUCUUUUAUGUUUUGCAUCCACUGUUCAUCAAUGCGUCUUCUUUACGAACCCACUGACUGUGAGUGUGACUGUAACUGCGAUAAGAAGCUGGCGGAAACAAAAAAGCUAAAUAGCCACGCUCCACGGAACGGUGGGUCCGGGUUCAAUUCCCGUAUCUGUGUGCAUGGAGUUUGCAUGUUCUCCCCGUGGGUGGCUUGGUGGGUUUCCUCCUGGUACUCCGGUUUCCUCCCACAGGCCAAAGACAUACAGAUUAGGCUAAUUGGCAUUUCCAAAUUGCCUGUAGUGUGUGUGUAUCCUGCGAUGGAUUGGCACCCUGUCCAGGGUGUACCCCGCCUCAUGCCCUAAGUCUCCUGGGAUAGGCUCCAGGCCCCCACGACCCUGAAUACAGGGCAAAGCGGUAACGACGAGGGGAGAGUGAGGGUGAGCCGCGCUCCAGUCCAGUGUCAACCCCCUCAGUUUGGUAAAAAAAAGUGACACAGGACAGAAGACAUAAUGACCUAAAAAUCCGUCUUCCUGCUGAGUUUGUUGAAUCGCUUCUGUCGGUAAACACGUCCUGACCUCGUCUCUAUUCACGAGCCUCCAUUAGGGGACAAAGUGAGGACCGGAGAAGCUGGAGGUGAUGCGACUACAAAGCCAGUAAACUUCAAUAACGAGCUGUUUGAGCGGUUUUCAUGGCUUUAAUAAUAAUAAUAAUAAUAAUAAUAAUAAUAAUGAUUAUAAUUAAACAUUCAAAGAAAAUUACCUGUAGACGCCAAUUCAAUUCUCACAAUUCUUGUGCAUGGAAAAACAUACUGCUUUUAUUUGUGAGGCUCGUUCGUUUUUUAUGCUGCCAUUAUUAAUAUUUUUUUAUAGCAAGUCUGUAUUUUUAGAGGUCAUACAGGAUGCAGGAUGGGAUUAGAUCUUGAGUUAUGAUCAAAGUGGUUGUGAAGAUAAGGAAAGACAAGGGAAGGAAAAGAAAGGCUAGAUGUGUAGUAAUCAACUCGUUAUAAUUCAAUUCAAUAAGAUCGAAUAUGGAACAGAAUCUAUUGAUCUGAUUUAAUAACAAAUGAGGAGGAAAAGAAAAACCCUAGACAGAUCAGAUGGACAAGUUCAGUAGUCUUUAACAGUUAAUAGUUCAGCUUAGUAUAUGGAAUCCGCUACAAAUAAAACGUGACCAAUGAUUUAUGGUCAUCACUUUAAUUCCAAGCACUACACCUGUAAGAUGUUUAAGUGCAGGUUGGGAGAGCGAUAUCUAUGACAUCAUGAUUAAACAUAUAGGCUUUUAGUGGUUGGUUAGAGCUGAAUCCUGCGCUUGGGUGUAUAUUUAUUUCAUAUUAGGACGUGUUCAGGUGUUCCGUGCAGUUGUCGGUGUGUGUGUAGCAUCCAGACCAGAGCAAAGUUGUUCAUUUGGAUUCGUCAGACAUACAAGAAGUGAAUAGACACCGUUAGUUUUAUGAUUUAAAAAAAAAAAACAUAAUAAUGCACAGAAAUGUGUUUCAUUUUUAAAGCGAAUACGUUUUCGUCAUCAAUACAUUAUUUACACUUUGCUGACUUUCCAUCAGUGGCUUCCUAGAAUUGAGAAAAUCUCAGUUUCGCUACAAAAAAAAAAAAAUCCCACAGCUGGUCCAGACUUUCUGGAGUGACGUGACUGUGAUAAAGGAAUAAAGUGUUACAUCAUUCGAAUCAAACGCGGUCUGCAGCGAUCAAGAAGACGAGCAGCGCGGGGAAACCUCGCGUGAGCGAGAAGAGAUUUUUGUUUUACAUCAGUCCUGUUAAAGUAAUAAAAAGGUGAUGGAGCUAAAGUGUAUUUUAAAUAUGUAUGUGUGUGUGUGUAUACAGCAGAGUACCAUGUGUGUGAGUAGUGGAAUAAGAAAGAGCGAAAUGUUCCUGUGAACCUCGAGCUUUAAAUCCACUUCCCGCCGUCUGUAGACACGACACCGAGCCGUAAGGCGACGACCCGAAAGUAAAGCAGCAAUAAAACGUCCUGUGGUUUAGAGACGAACCUGAAACCCCUGACUACAGUUCGGCUUUGAUUCUCACUCGUCACCCGCGCCAUCCUGAAGCUAAUAAACCUGAUCAAACCUCGACAA